AUGUCGAUCAAGUACGCUAAAGAUCAGCCCGCAGGCUUCACCAACCGCAUCGAGAAUGUGGCCAUUGUGGGAGCUGGAGGUCAAGUUGGCAAACACAUUGCUGAAGAGCUGCUCAAGACCGGAAAGCACAACGUUACCGCCAUCACUCGCUUUGGAAGCGACAGUGAGCUUGCUGCAGGAGUCAAGGUCGUCCAGGUCGACUAUGAUGAUGAGCAGACCAUUGUCGACGCACUCAAGGGCCAGCAGUUCCUCUUCAUCUCCCUUGCCGUGACCGCUCCCAAAGACACCCAGGCCAAACUCAUCGCUGCAGCAGCCAAGGCUGGCGUGUCGUGGAUCAUGCCCAACUCGUACGGCCUCGACCUUGCCAACAAGGAAGUGAUGAAGGACACCUUGGGUGCUCCCGCUGCCGAAGCUGGUGUCGCUGCCGUGGAAAAGGCCGGCCUGUCCUGGGUCUACAUGACAUGCAGCUUCUGGUAUGAGUACUCUCUUUCCAUGGGAGACUCAUGGUAUGGCUUCGACAUCCCUAACAAGAAGGUCACCUUUUUCGAUGACGGCAAGACACGAAUCAACACAUCGACCUGGCGGCAAUGUGGCAGGGCUGCAGCACAUCUUCUCAGCCUAAAGGAGCUACCUGAUGAUGAGAAUGACCAAUCACCCACCGUCUCUCAGUGGCGGAACAAGGGCCUGUACAUCUCCAGCUUCCUUGCCUCUCAGAGAGAUAUGCUCGACAGCUUGAACCGCGUACUAGGCACAACUGACGGCGACUGGCAGAUUGAGUACGAGCCAUCAGAUGUCCGAUACAAGCGAGGCCUGCAGAUAUUCCAGACCGGCAACCUCGUGGGCUUUGCUUUGGCCUUGUACUCGCGCGCAUUCUAUCCCAAUGGCGAUGGCAACUAUGAAGCCAAGCAAGGCCUAGCUAACAAGGCACUGGGGCUGCCAGAGGAAGACUUUGAUGAGGCCACAAAGCUUGCAGUCGAGAUGGCCGAGGAGGGAUUUGCGGCUCGCCGGGCCGCGACGCUUACGAAGCACUAA